AUGAUUUUCAUUACCUGGAACUGCCAAGGAGCCGCCUCAAGGGAGGUGCUCCGGGCGUUAAAAGAAAUCAAGAAAACCUAUAAGCCUGAUUUACUUGGGCUGCUUGAAACUAAAGUCUCGGGUAGCAAGGCUGACGAGAUCUGUAAUAGACUGGGCUUUGAUGAAUGGCUUCGGGUUGAAGCCUUGGGCUUUAGCGGCGGUAUUUGGGUUUUUUGGAAUUCCACACUUGAUAUCAAACCUUUACUUACUCACCCUCAAUUUGUUCUUUUGCAUGUUCAAGGCUUGGAUUGCACAACUUGCUUUAUCUCCAUUGUUUAUGGUAGUCCUACGCAUGCUUUAAGGAAAAACCUUUGGAACUCCCUUGAUAUGCAUGAUUUGCAGAUACGAGGCCCUUGGCUUGUGGCAGGAGACUUCAACGCUGUUAUCUCCCCUGAGGAAGUCAGUGAACCUCGGAACUUCUCUCACAGCCGGAGCACUGGCUUCCGGGAUUGGAUCUUUAACCAAAAUCUUAUCGACCUGGGCUUUCAGGGCUCUUAG